AUGGUGCUUAUACCCAAUAGUGAAAAACAUGUGAUGCAAUCAGUUUUUAAUGUUAUUCAUGACGUUUGCAAUAACGAAGAUGAUUUUAGUAGCGGAGAUGAUUAUAAUUUUAGCGAAGAUGAAUACGACGAAGAAGACAUAGAAGUAAUGUUAAUGGUGAUUAAUGAAAAUAAUAUUGCUCCCCAUUUCAAAGAUAUGGCUCUAGCCAUUAAGAAUCGAGAUGUUAAUGGACUUCAAAUUGCUAUAGAUAAUUUAACUGGAAAUAUAGACGAAAAUUCAAUAGAUGGAGAAACUGCUCUUCAUUAUGCAUGUCUUUGUUGUAGUCGAAAAUCUUUUGAGAUACUAGUUGGAAGGGGUGCUAACAUGGAGACUAAAAAUAAAGAUGGAGCCAUUCCUCUCCACAUUGCUUGUGAUAAUGGUUCGUUUAAUAUUGUUGAAUUUAUAUUCAAUAAUAUUAGUGAUGGAGAUAUUAAAAUGAGAAUGUUAAACUCAGUUGAUAGUGAUGGUUCUACGCCUAUGCAUAAAGCAGCAAGUGAAAAUAUCAAUAUUGUUAAACUAUUGUUAAAUAUUGAUAUAGAGACAGAUAAUUCAGCUGGUAUAAGCAAAAUGAUACAAGCAGUUGAUAUAUAUGGUCAAACGGUUGUUGUUUAG